AAAUUAUUAAAAAAAAAUCAGUGCCAUGAAGUGUGUUAUUCUUUUUGGAUUACUUGCCCUCGCAACGGCAGCUCCGCAAUUCGACAACUCCUUAUCAAACACAACGCCGAUCCCGAUUAUUCGACAAGAGCAGGACAUUAACGUCGAUGGCUCGUACAAAUAUGCCUACGAAACAGGAAACGGCAUCAUCGCCGAGCAAGAAGGAUAUUUGAAGAAUCCAGGAACAGAAGAAGAGGCACAGGUGGCUCAAGGAUUUUAUCAAUACAUUGGCGACGAUGGACAAGUUUAUCGUGUCGAAUAUGUAGCUGAUGAGAAUGGUUUCCAACCUCGAGGUGAUCAUUUGCCAACUCCCCCUCCAAUUCCUCCAGCGAUUCAACGUGCUCUUGAGUACUUGGCUACACUCCCAGCUACCACAGAGCAACCCUCAAGAAGGUUCUAAAUGACUCCUCAAGGAUUUUCCUUUCGCUAAGCUUUGGCUUUUUAUUGU